CGUACUGGUGGGCUCCGUGUCUGCCGGGGCAAGAUACGAUCCCCGGGACCUUGGCGUCGGGUGUUCACGGGUCGAAGCUCCAAGUUCCGCCGAUACGAAGUGGAAUUUAAAAGGUUUGCGACCUCACUCCCCCAGUACCAUAUGUCAACAACUUCAAAGUACUAGGUACCUAAGGUGGUCUCCAUUUCGGAAACGUCUCAUAAAUCUAGCUCCAAGAGUCCACACUCGCGCAAUGCCUCCCUCAAAGGUCAUAAAGGGAUCACCAUCGACACCACUGUCGUCGACAACCCUGACCGCUAUCAAGGUCCUCUCAUUGAUCCGCAUCGCUACAGGAGCGGGCUGCCUCAUCGCCCCACGGUUUACAUGUUCGCUACACUACCACGACGUGCCAGCUGACCAAGCAUUCAUUGUGCGCAUGGUGGGUGUACGAGAAGGUUUGGUCGGAGCGCUGUUGUUCUCCGCGGAGGAUAAGGGGACGGGAGAUGGAGGGAGAAGAGCAAUUAGAAGGGCCGUUUGGGCGGGUAUCAUCGCGGAUGCGGUCGACAUUGGCAGCCUGACUUUUGGGUUUAUCAUGGGAGAGGUCGGAAAGCCGAUGGCUGGGAUAAUAGGCACAGCUGCUGUGGGAGCAAUCAGUCUCGCCGCACUGAUUCUAAGGGGUUUGUGAGGUUUUCACGAUGACCCGGUAGUAAUCUACCUAGGUACCUACCUAUGUAGGUACCUACCUUAGCUAGGAUAACCCCCAACCCCCCUCAAUGUAUACCAUCUCCUGUACCAU